AUGUCCUCUGAAUUACAUAUAAAUGAUGAUGAUCAAGCAUUAGCAAUAACUUCUAACAAACCAAAUCAAUAUGAAUUACGUCCGAUGAAUGAAACUGAUCUUCCGACAGUCUUGGAAAUUGAGAAAAUAGUCUGGCAUGAUGAAUCAUGGGAUUUGGCAUUUUUUUACAAUUUUUUUAAUGAUCCAUUGUCAAGUUGUUGGAUACUUGAAAAUACCAACAGUGUACAACCAAUAGUUGGAUAUGGUUUACAAUCUCUAUUACAUAAUAAAUCAAGUAUAACAAACUUAACUCUUCAUCCUAGUCAGUGGGGACGUGGCUUAGGUGGUCUACUUUUACGUCAUAUGAUAAAGCAUGCUCGUCUAUCUUGUGCCGUGAGAAUGAGUCUUGAGGUUAGCACAUCGAAUAAACGUGCAUAUAACUUAUAUUUUAAUCAUGGAUUUCGAAUAUCUAAACUACUUCCGCAAUAUUAUUCGGAAGGUUCCGAUGCUUACUGUAUGAUACUUGUAUUAUCAAUGAAAUUUAAUGUUGACUAA